UCCUCCAACAGUUUCUCCAUUUACUCCGAACCAAGAGAUUCAGACACUCAAAUCAGGCUAUAAAUACCCACAGAAAAAUCAUUUUCACCAGAACCAGCAACCAAAAUAAAAAUAAAAAAUCAAAGAGCGGCCCCAGACUCGGAAGCCACGUCAGCUUUCCACCAUCAACAUCACAACCACCUCCUUUUUCCCUUCCUUUCCUCCCCUGAAAAAGAAAACCCUCUCUAUAAUGCGCCAGGGUGCGCUGUACGCACCCUCUCCCUCAGUACUAAACCCCUCUUCUCCCUCACCUUCCUCCGCCGCCGCCGCUAACCACACCGGCGGGAUGCUGCUCUCCGUAUUCCUCGCCCUGUUCCUCCCCUGCGCCGGGAUGAGCGCCCUGUUCGUCGUCUACAUUUGCCUCCUCUGGUUCGCCUCCAAUCCCCCGCCCAAUUCGGCCGCAAAUCCAGAAGAUUUGAAGCCGCCGGCCAAGAAGGGCCUCUCCGCGGCGGAGCUCUCGAAGCUCCCCGAGGUCGCGGCGAAAGAGCUCCCGAUGGGGAACGAAUGCGCCAUCUGCCUCGACGACAUCGAGCCGGAGCAGAUCGCGCGGCGGAUCCCCGUAUGCAAUCACGGAUUCCACAUCGAGUGCGCGGACAGGUGGCUCGCCAAGCACCCGUUCUGCCCAGUCUGCCGCGGCAAAAUCGAUCGCGAACUGCUCGUGGUCGAUCCCGACGGCGGCGGCGAUGACAGUCCUGUUUGAAUUGAAAUCGUUUAUCGGUGAUUCUGGGAGUAGUUUAAUUCUGUAGGUUGCUUUUUCUCCUCUUUUGUUGUUGUAGAUAUAUAUUGAUAGAUUAUUCGGUUCGAUUCUGUUCUUCCUUUUCUCCCUUCUUUUUUUAUGUUGUAUUUUUGUCCGUGUUAAUCAAAUUUAAUUUAUUUUAGGUAGUAGAAACUCCAGAUUGUGUGUGUAUAUUUCUUAAUUGAGUAAUUUAGUUUUUGCAGUUCAUGUGAUGUGAGAGCUAGCUAGGCAGAGUAGUUGUGUCAGUGAGGGAAUUGGUGAUCAGGGAAAUUCUCCGCUUAGCAGGUGAGACUGUCACAGGCCUAAUUUCCCUCGGCCAAGUAGUUGUCAGUCUGUGACGUGAUAUAAUAUAUGUAAAAUUUUAAAAUUAGAAUAAUCAGUAAAUUUUUAG